AUGGCAGGCGAUGGCAAGAUCACCCUCGGACGCUACAUGUGGGAACGCAUCCACCAAGUUGGCGUCGACACAAUAUUCGGAGUACCCGGCGAUUUCAACCUUCAGUUCCUCGAUUCCAUCUACCUCACCCCAGGUCUAUCUUUCGUCACUAAUCAAAACGAGCUGAAUGCAGCUUACGCCGCCGAUGGAUACGCUCGUAUCAAGAACACGCCCGGAUGUCUCGUGACCACACACGGUGUCGGUGAACUAUCAGCUCUGAACGGCAUCGCAGGUAGCAUGAGUGAGCAUGUCAAAGUCGUCCAUGUCGUUGGCCAGACUACACGGGCGAUGCAGAAAGGCAAUAUGAUGAUCCAUCACAGCAUCGGGAAUAAGCCAAAUCAUCAAAUGUACAACAAGGCUAGCGAGGGGCUGAGAUUUGCUGCUGCAGAACUCUGGGAUGUUGCAGAUGCUCCGAAAGAGAUUGACAGGGUGCUGAGGGAGUGUGUUAUCAAGAGUGGGCCGGUGUAUAUUUUCAUGCCACUGGAUUUGAGUGCUGAGAUGGUGGAUGCUGCGCUGUUGAAAACACCGAUCAAUCUUGAGCCGCACGUUGACGAGAAGGCACAGGAUGAAGCGGUUAAGGCUAUCAUGGAUGCAAUUACGCAAGCCAAAUAUCCGACAAUACUAGUAGAUGCCCUCGUCCAACGCUUCAAUGCUGCCCAGGAGACUGCGCAGCUAGUCCGCAAACUCAAUGUUCCUUUUUUCUCAGCGACCAUGGGUAAAGGCGUUGUCGACGAGACAGAAGAGAACUAUGUGGGAGUCUGGAAUGGCGAAGUCAGUUCUCCAGGUGUCAAAGAAGCAGCGAAACAAGCAGACUUGGUAGUUACCCUAGGUUAUAUACCUGCUGACACGAACUCGGCUGGUUUCUCAAGACAGUUGGAUGAAAGUAGUACGAUUCACAUCAACCCGCACGACGUUGUCGUCAAGGGCAAGUCCUACUCCGACACAGCCAUAAAGUCCCUCCUUGCGGCUCUUACUGCCGCCCUGCCAUCAACACCACAGCAUAAAAUUCCCAAACCACAGCUUCCACCACCUCGCACACCGCUCGACGCAAAGUCAGCCCAUCUGACCCAAUCCCAACUCUGGCCCGCCAUCCAAUCAUUCAUUCGUCCUGGUGACGCUAUAGUCAGCGAAACUGGGACCUCCAACUUCGGUAUCUGCGACAUUACGUUCCCCGCAGAUAUCAGACUAGUCACACAGAUCUACUACGGUAGCAUCGGCUUCGCUACUGCGGCUACUUUGGGCGUAGGAAUUGCGCGAAGAGAGGUAGAAAGCAAAGCUAAGAGUCAACUGGCCGGAGGAGAAGGAGAAGGAGAAGGAAGGACGAUUUCGAUAACAGGAGAUGGAAGUAUGGCUCUGACGAUCCAGGAAAUUGGUACUAUGAUUAAGGCGAAGUCAUACAACGACAUUGUUCCCCACAACUACUCUCACCUCCUCCCUCUGUACCGCCAUCCGGACCCGCAAUCCUCUUACCAUCGCGCAACUACUCAGUCAGAGUUAGCAGCCAUCUUAGAGAAACCACAACUCAAGCAACCGCAGAACCUGCAACUUGUGGAACUGGUAGUCGAUAAGAUGGAUACGAGUUGGAAGCUGGGUACAGCGCUGGCGUGGAGAAGCGAGGAACACAAGGAGUAUCUUACUAGAGAGGGCUUUGUAGAUACGUAUGGCGGAUGGGGGCUGGAUGGCAAAGCUGGAGGGAGUGUGAAAUGGAGUUGA